GCUCUAGGACCUGCGAUGAGUUUGCCCGCCGGAGCCGGCCUCAGCGCCUGCGCGGAGGGAGGCGUUGAGCCCCAUAUCCCCAUGGAGAGCGCCGAGGCUGAGCCGAGCGAUAGCCGCCCGGAGGAGGACGGUGCCGCGCGCUGCAGCGGCCUCCCGCCUCCGGAGCAGCCCGGAGCCACGAUGGAAGAGUGUUUGGCAAAAAAAAUGGAAAUCACCGUUUCAGAAGCUGAGAAGCGGACUGGAAGGAAUGCCAUGAACAUGCAAGAAACAUACACUGCUUACCUCAUUGAGACAAGAGUUGUUGAGUCCCAGAGUGAGGGACAGUGUGCCCCAGUGGACUCCCUGUGGCGACGUUACAGUGAAUUUGAGUUGUUGAGGAAUUAUUUGUCAGUUACCUAUCCACAUAUUGUUGUUCCACCUUUGCCAGAAAAAAGGGCUGACUUUGUUUGGCAUAAGCUAUCAGCAGAUAAUAUGGAUCCAGAUUUUGUGGAAAGAAGAAGAAUUGGUUUGGAAAACUUCUUGUUACGUGUGGCUUCACAUCCUGUUCUUUGCCAAGACAAAAUCUUUUAUUCAUUUUUAACACAGGAAGGUGGAUGGAAAGAAAUGGUGAAUGAGACUGGAUUUCAGUUAAAGGCAGAUUCCAGAUUAAAAGCUCUUAAUGCAACAUUCAGAGUGAAAAACCCAGACAAGAGAUUUACUGAGCUAAAACACUAUAGCGAUGAACUGCAGUCUGUCAUAUCACACCUUCUGCGAGUCAGAGCUAGGGUAGCAGACCGGCUUUAUGGUGUCUAUAAAGUCCAUGGCAACUAUGGAAGAGUAUUCAGUGAGUGGAGUGCAAUAGAAAAGGAGAUGGGGGAUGGGUUGCAGAGUGCUGGCCACCACAUGGAUGUAUAUGCAGCUUCUAUUGACGACAUAUUGGAAGAAGAGGAACAUUACGCAGAUCAGCUGAAAGAAUAUCUCUUCUACGCAGAAGCACUACGGGCAGUUUGCAGAAAACACGAACUAAUGCAAUAUGACUUGGAAAUGGCUGCACAGGACCUAACAUCUAAGAAACAGCAGUGUGAGGAGCUGGCAACAGGAACUGUGAGAACGUUCUCCCUGAAAGGGAUGACCAGCAAGCUCUUUGGGCAGGAAACUCCUGAGCAGAGGGAAGCCAAGAUAAAAGUUCUAGAAGAACAGAUACAGGAAGGUGAAGAACAACUUAAGUCUAAAAAUCUGGAGGGCAGAGAUUUUGUGAAAAGUGCCUGGGCUGACAUCGAACGGUUUAAAGAGCAAAAGAAUCAUGAUUUGAAGGAGGCGCUUAUAAGCUAUGCUGUUAUGCAGAUUAGCAUGUGCAAAAAGGGAAUUCAAGUUUGGACAAAUGCAAAGGAAUGCUUCAGCAAGAUGUGAUUAUCUGGAAAUGAAUUCUUCCUCCAAGUGCCAGAGAAUGGAAGCACAAAUGUGUAACACCAAUGUUAAGUUGCUACAUGACUUACAUACAAAUCAUGAAAUAAAUGAGUUAAGUGAAUAGUUUUUCUUUCUGCUGGUUGUAAUUGUUAAUAAAGGACAAAAAGGACAUGUUAUUAAAUGUUUAGCCCUGACUGCCACUUCUGUGGCAUGUUUUAUGUGUGGUAGCAGAUAAUUCAGGGGUAAAAGAGUUACUGAAAACUAUGGCUCUGUACUGGGGCAAAGGUGGGGGGAAAGUUACCCUGACAGUAUGAACUGAACUGUUCUGAGACUUGUGAAACACCAUGCUCUAUAAUGUGUAGAUCACUUCCAGAUGCUCCUCUUUUCAGCCCUUGCUGUUUAGAAUUUUUUAAUGCCUAAGGGUGCUUUGGUUUUAUAGUAGGACACACAGUUGUGUUCUUGAGGUCUACACCAUAAGAGGACGAAAAAUGAAAUAUUGUAACACCUGGGGUUCAUAUUUAAAUGCCUUUGCAUGUCCAUAGAGAAUUGUGCUUUUCCAGAGUUCAGGUUAAGCAGUCUCAAGCUCCUGAGAUGUUUGAAACUCUCUACAGUAGAGGUGUUGUACAAUGGUUUGAUACAAUAUUCUGCAUUUACUGGUUCCUACUUAAGUUUUGAUAUGGGCAUUGAUUUCUUCUCAAACUUCUUCCUGCAAGUAAAGGAGACUGGUGAUCCAGUUGAGCAGCAAAAACCAAAGUCAAAGCUAGUAAGAAGUGGAUGCAACUUGUGUUUGAUUGUUUGGAACCUGUUUACACUAGAUAUGAAUCUGGCCUGUGGUACCUCUUCUUGUAACUGAAGCAGUUUGAUUUUUAAAAGAAUAGUUCUUAAUGAAGAUGCUGAAAUAAACCUCGUGUAACUUCUGUAGUACUUAAGAGCAGCGAUGGGCAGGAUCCACAACAAACCAACUUGUCUGUUUGGCUCUUGUCAUGAUGUUUCAGUGUGUGCAUAUAUAUGCACACCAGUAUAGCGUGACUUGCAGUUACAGGUACUUGGAUUAAGUGUUUCCAACUAUGAAAACCACUUAACCACUCUAAUGUCAGGCUUUUUCUACUUAAAGUUCCUGAAGUCUUGUGGAAUUUGUCAGACGUGACUGCUAGUCCUAAAGGAAGGUUUGUAAUAUUCUGUUAAGAAGUGUAUUUAAUUAUUCUGGAUUAUAACACUAUUCAGAUUUUGAUUAUUUUUUUUUAAGAGAUACUCCAGGAAGUCCUUAAGUGUUCUUUUGAUAAAUUAUCUAAACAUAGUUACUGAUAUGUCCCAUGUCACUCUUGUCUCUGCAGCAUUUCUUUUCUAUAAAACCAUUGUAAAGAAUUCAUAGGCCUGGUGUACACUACAGCUUAAAACGCUGAGGUAAAAUGGUCGCUCUGAUAACUGUGUUGGCUUUUUCAAGGCAUAUGACAGUGACGGUCCUGGCUGAGAGAUGAUGUUGGGCAGAAAGAGGUCUCUCCAUUUAAACACUUAUAAGGAGAAGCGUUGUUCUGUUCAGAGGUUGCAGAAUCCAGUUCCGAUACAGGCUGAAGGACUCUUACAUUCCAAACCAAGACGUUGCACACUUGAUGUAUUCAGUAAACCUUCUAAAGGAGUGGUGCCUUAAUACAAUACCGUGAGGCGCUCAGAGUAGGUAUUUUUCAUGCACUUUGAUUUUUGGUAGAUCUUUCUGGUGCCUCUUUCCACAUUUCACUUGCUGUACAGCUUAUUAAAUGUAUUAGUAUGCCUUUUUUCCUUGCUAGUUGUACUAAAUUGAAGAAGGGAACAAAACUGUUCUUGUAAGUUUUGUGCCAAAUAAGCUAAAUAAAAUUGCUCUUUGA